AUGGAUGAUGUGUCACCCCUGGAGCAGUACCUGGAGAGCUGUGGUGGGCAAUUCAAGGAUGACCUCUCGACUAGCCCUCAGCUGUUUACUUCCAUGAGUCCUUACGAUGUAGACCUUCCAAUUCAAGCAACUGAAGAGGGGUUGUAUGGUCCUCAGUUUAAUCAGGCCAAGGACCUUCCUACAGACUUCUCCUCUGUGGACCUCAGCUUUCUUCCAGAUGUUAUCCAAGAUAACAGAGAGGAAAAUGUGGCUGAAGAUGGUCACAAAAUGCAAAAUGAGCUUGAUGGGUCAAUAUCAAGAAAUGAAGACAGUGGCGUCUUCAUGGAUGAAAGCAGCUUGUCCUAUCCAGAAAAAACUCGGCCAUCCCCUGAAGCUUCUGAGUGUCCUCCUCUGACACCAAUGACUCCUAUGACGCCGGUAACACCUGCAUCAGAAAGCUCCGGCAUAGUCCCUCAGUUACAGAAUAUAGUGUCAACUGUAAACUUGGCUUGUAAACUAGACCUGAAGAACAUAGCGCUGCAUGCCAGAAAUGCAGAAUAUAACCCAAAGAGGUUUGCUGCUGUGAUCAUGAGAAUAAGGGAGCCACGAACAACAGCCCUCAUCUUCAGUUCAGGAAAAAUGGUCUGUACAGGAGCAAAAAGUGAAGAGCAAUCACGGCUUGCAGCCAGGAAAUACGCCCGCGUAGUGCAGAAGCUUGGGUUCCCUGCCAAGUUCCUGGACUUCAAGAUACAGAAUAUGGUUGGGAGUUGUGACGUGAGGUUCCCCAUCCGUCUGGAAGGCUUGGUUCUCACUCACCAGCAGUUCAGCAGCUACGAACCAGAACUGUUUCCUGGCCUUAUUUAUAGGAUGGUCAAACCACGGAUAGUGCUGCUUAUCUUUGUUUCUGGAAAAGUUGUACUGACUGGAGCAAAAGAGCGUUCUGAAAUCUAUGAGGCAUUUGAGAACAUCUACCCCAUCCUUAAAGGCUUCAAGAAAGCAUCAUAAUGUGGCCCAU